AUGGGUGCUUGCAGUAAGGCCCUGACUGAGGGUACUUUGGCAAUGGGCCCAUUGCUGGCAGUAACAUGCUCUGGCGAUGGCCAACCCUCUGACCUUUGGCAGUGGGCCCAUCCUUCAUCUUACACUCUUGGCGGUGGGCCCACUGCUCAGAACAUCACCUAUGGCAGUGGGCCCACUGCUCAGAAGUACCCCUAUGGCGGUGGGCCCACUGCUCAGAAUAACAUCUAUGACAGUGAGCCCACUGCUCAGAAGUACCCCUAUGGUGGUGGGCCCACUGCUCAGAACAUCACCUAUGGUGGUGGGCCCACUGCUCAGAAGUGCCUCUAUGGUGGUGGGCCCAUCGCUAAAUAA